AUGGGCUCGAUUCCGUACCCGGCCGGCGAUGUACCGGCCGCAGAUGAUGAUAUCGCCAUCAUCGGAUUCUCCUUGAAACUCCCCGGAGAAGCAACUUCAGCAGAGAAUUUCUGGAAUAUGUUACUCGCUGGCCGGUCAGCCGCUAGUGAAUUUCCAGCCAACCGCCUCAACCUGAAUGAUAUCGAUCGGUUUGAUGCACCAUUCUUUUCUAUCAGCCCCGCUGAGGCUGCUUGCAUGGAACCUCAGCAGCGGCACAUGCUCGAGACAAGCUAUCGAGCUCUUGAAAAUGCUGGAAUCACUGUGUCGCAGUGCUCCGGGACCCGAACUUCGGUUCACACAGGGAGCUUCACUGACGACUAUAGGAGCGUCCUGUUCCAUGACAGGCUCGAGGGUCACAUGUAUGCCGCAACGGGUAUAGCAAAUUCAAUUCUGGCGAACAGGGUCAGUUGGUUCUUCAACUUCACGGGGCCCAGCCUCAACCUUGACACCGCGUGUUCGUCGAGUAUAACGGCUUUACACCUGGCUUGCCAAGACCUGCGCAGUGGGGUCACAGACAUGGGUCUUGUUGGUGGUUGCAAUCUUAUCUACCAUCCAGACUACAUGGUGAUGAUGAGCAACAUGAGUUUCCUGUCGCCCGACUCCCGCUGUUGGAGUCUUGACGAAAGGGCGAACGGCUACGCACGAGGCGAAGGCUUUGGAGUUGCCGUCAUCAAGCGGCUCUGCGACGCGGUUCGAGACGGGAACACGGUUCGGGCCGUGAUUCGUGCGACCCGGCUGAACCAGGAUGGCAGGACUCCGGGCCUGACGAACCCGAGCGGUGACGCGCACAAGGCCCUGAUCCGGGAGGCAUACCGAGAAAACAAGAUUGACAUGGAGCCGACCAGGUUCUUUGAGGCUCAUUCCACUGGCAAGUUGCAUUGCCUUUGGGCUCUUGAUGGAACCCAGGCGGGUGACCCUACGGAAGCCAAUGCAGUUGGGGAGGUCUUCUCCACGAUCCGGUCUGAGGAUGACCCUCUAUGGCUUGGUGCUGUCAAGCCUAACAUAGGGCAUCUCGAGGCUGGAAGCGGCAUGGCCAGCUUGUUCAAGGCCAUACUCGUGCUCGAAAACGGCGUCAUACCGCCAAAUGCCUGUUUCGAGAAGCUGAAUCCGCGCAUUCAAGCCGAGCGAUUCCACCUCAGGGUGAAUUCGUUCGGGUUUGGAGGCUCAAACGGGGUUGUAAUUCUCGACGAUGCGUAUCAUUACCUCCGAUCAAGAGGACACAAUGCGCCUACCCGUACCAGGCCUGAUCCGCCAACCAUGGGUGCGAUCAAGGGUAUGCGGCCACCGGAUGCUGUUGUAAAAUCUCUGGAAAAGAAACAAUCCCCCCGAGAGCAAGGCCACGGGGUCCUGGUAUGGUCCAGCAACGACGAAGAUGGACUUGGACGUGUUCAAAAUGACUUGUCAGCCUUCUUUUCCCGCCAGCCUCAAGGAAGCCUGUCCAUGGAAGAUCUCAAGGAUGUGGCUUAUACACUCGCAAAACGAACACAGCUCACAUGGAGACGGUCGGUCACAUAUUCCAGCUUAUUAGAACUUCUCGAGAAGCUCAAUGGACCCGGUGGGUCUCCCUCUGCUCUUCCCAGCGAAAAGAGCACACGAGAUCAUAAAUGCGGAUUCAUAUUUACCGGACAGGGAGCUCAAUAUGCUGGUAUGGGUCUUGGUCUCAUGUCUUCAUAUCCUGUUUUCAGAACAAGCAUGAAGCGCAAUCAGGAGCUCCUGGACCGUAUGGGAUGUGGGUGGCAGCUGGAUGACUUGAUAUCCGUGCCCGAAAGCCCAGAAUCACAGCGCAUCAACGAGCCACAGUAUAGUCAGCCUUCAUCGACAGCGUUGCAAAUUGCACUUGUGGAUUUGAUGCGAUCGUUCGGUAUCGAGCCAUCAGCGGUGGUCGGCCACUCCUCAGGCGAGAUUGCGGCGGCAUAUGCUACUGGGGCUUUGUGUCGUGAGAGUGCCCUGAGGGUUGCUUUUCAUCGGGGUCGUCUCGCAUCCGAACUGCGCGCGAGGACAGACCGCGCGCUCACCAUGAUGGCUGUGGGACUGAGCGCCAGCGCAGCCGAUAAGUACCUUUCCAAGCUCGAACAGGAAUUCGCUGAGGAUGGGGGCCGGGAUGUCGAUAUCGCUUGCAUCAACAGUCCCCGUAACGUCACACUGGCGGGUGAUGCCAAGCAAAUUCAAUUCCUUGAGGAUCUCCUUCAAGGGGAUGUCAUUGCGCGAAGGCUCAACAUCGACAUGGCUUAUCACUCGCAUCAUAUGAAAUCAAUAUCUGACGAAUACCGAAGCUGCCUACAAGAUCUCCAGCCCGAUAGAGAUCAAAAGAGGUCCACGAUAAUGAUAUCUUCUGUCACCGGCGCUGCUAUUGAUCGGGCAUCUGACCUAACCUCCCCAGAAUACUGGAUUAAGAACCUUACCAGCACUGUAAGGUUUUCGGAUGCUAUCUCAACACUGAGUGCGCAAUCAGGGAGGAAGCGCAAGGUUUUGGGCCGCAAAGCAAGCAAAGACAACGAAUUCAAAAUAUCAGAGCUUGUCGAAGUUGGUCCGCAUCACGCACUUCGGGGGCCUAUUCGAGAAUGUCUUGAAGCCAUGAAGAAGACAGAAACCAUCAAAUACUACCCCACGCUGGUACGUCGUACUGCUUCCUCAUCGCCGACACCACCGGGAUCAGCAACAGGCGACAUUUUGACUCUGGCGGGCAAACUCUGGGAGCUGGGUCAUCCCAUCGAUCUCCUCGCAAUCAACAACCUCCCACGCGAAAUCCCGAUGGCUCUGAGAGUGGACCUUCCUGAGUACCCAUUCAAUCAUUCUCAAGUGCACUGGAGGGAGAGUCGGGUAGCAAGAAAUUAUCGCAUGCGGGACACGCCACGCCACGACUUCCUCGGCGUGAGAAGCGACGACUGGAAUGAGAAGCAAGCACAUUGGCGAAACAUGGUCAGUGAAACACGGUUGCCCUGGCUGCGUGAUCAUCGACUUGCGGGACAGUACCUCUACCCUGGCGGCGGGAUGGUAGUCAUGGCCGUCGAAGCAGCCAGGCAGCUGGUCGAUGCGGAGAAGCAUCCCGAAGGUCCGUCCAGCUUCGAGCUUAGAGACUUGCAAAUCCUCAAUGCCUUCCAGUCUGUCAAGGCGUCGGAAAGUCAAGUCGAAACCAGGUUCACACUUGUCCCAACGGCAGAGAACCCACUAUGGUCUCAGUUUCACCUUUUCAUUUAUGAAUCCAACGGUUGGGUUGAAGUCUGUCAUGGUCAGAUUCGUGUACAUCACGAUACCGAGGACGACGAGGAGGGUGGACAUCAGGAUGACCUUCACACGCGGUGGAGUCGCCAUCUCCAGAAUUGGAGGACGCAAUCAUUUGAGGGUGAGUUUGCCGAAAGUCAACAGACCUUCGAUAACAAGACAUUCUACGACCUCGUGGCGGCAGAGAACGAUGCCGUCUACGGCCCAGCCUUCCAAACCCUCGAUGACAUUGCUGUGUCAUCCGAUGGGAGAGUCAUGGCCAACAUCCAAACUCGGAAAUGGGCAGAGCACUACGGGGACGAGCACGUAUCGUCUCACAUCAUCCACCCAGCGACCGUCGAUGCCCUGUUCCAGAUGGUCUUCCCCGUCCUGCUGGGCACAGGCGACACAAUCGUACCCACUCGCGUCGGGAGGAUGUGGAUUAACGCACGCGGCCUCGACGGGCUCUCCCACCGCGGUUUAUCCACGCUCCGCGCCCAGGUUGUUUGUAGUCGCAAGGGGGCCCGCGGCACUACCGUUGGCGGUCGUGUGGUGUCGCCGGAUACGGGAGAGCCCUUGCUCGACCUGGAGAACUAUGAGUCCACCAUUGUGGGCACAAAAGAUGACCUGGAGACAGAGCCUAGGAAGCUCUGUGCGACCAUGCAGUGGCGUCCGGAUGUCGAAGCCAUGUCGCAAAACGAGCUGGCCAGCGUGCUUGCAGCUACCUCAUCGCAUGACAGUGAAAGUGACCAGGCUCAAGGCCAAUCCUACAUGGACCAGAACUUGGUGAUCCAAUACUUCCUCUCGGAAGCCAUGGACCGUCUUGAAAACAAGGUCUCGCAUCCUUCUGACAGUCAUAGCCAGGGCAUCGUCCAAUGGGUACAACAUCAAAGUUCUCGCACCGACAAAGGAGACGCUCAGAUAGAGCGUAUGAGAAAUGAUCCCGCAUUCAGGAAGCGAAUGUUCCAUCAAGUGGCGAAUCUUGGUACAGGCGGCGGGUUCCUCAUGAAGCUUGCGGAGAACAUCUCAGAUGCCGUUCUAGGCAAACUUGAUUUUCGGGAGCUUCUGAGCGACUCCUCGUUGGUCCAAGAUUUUCGCAAGUCACAUUUGUCCAAAGGACCCUGCAUCCCGCCCAUGAAGGGAUUUUUGGAGCUCCUGGGGCACAAGAAUCCUGCCAUGCGGAUCCUCGAGCUCCACGGUGGCAAUGGCGAUUUCACCGAGGUCGUGACUUCGGCCUUGCUCCAUGAGGGGAGGCCAAGAUGGUCUAGCUAUGACUUUACUGAUGUUUCCGCAGAAACCUUCCCGGAACUUCAAGAGAGAUUCGGAGGUAUUGCGAAUUCUAUGGACUAUCGUGUCCUCGAUACAGAUGGUGAUGCCGUCGGACAGGGCUUCAAUGAGGCCGCUUAUGACCUUGUAGUCACUUGUGGGGUGCUGCAAAGGAUUGGAGACAUGGAGAGAAUCAUCCAAACCGCCAGCAGGCUGCUGAAGCCCCAUGGGAAGGUCAUGUUAUUCGAGACGACAAAUCCUGAUGCGGUUCGGGCUGGUCUGUAUGGGGCAUUGACGGGAUCCCUCUGUACCAGCACCACAGCGCAGGCGAAUUAUGCGCCAUUUUACAGCACAAAAUCAUGGACCAAUGCUCUCGAAUCCUCGGGUCUUGGGCAAUUGGACUUGGUCCUGCAAGACUCUAUGGACCCGGAAACCUUCGAGAACUCUCUCAUGAUCGCGUCAAAAGCCCCAGAAGACGAUCACAUCGACGCCGUGGACGCAUCUGAAGCGACGACGACGAUUCUCGUGGACAGCCGGGUUCCCGAACAGCGAGAUCUUGCCGAAUCCCUGCAGCUGUGCCUUGGCAAGGGACGCAGCGACAAGUCCGUCUGCAGAUGCGUAGAUGUGCAGUCUCUGGCCACGUCGGCAGACAUCGACCUCGCGCGCUGCAUCUCCCUCCUCGACGUGGCCCGGCCAUUCCUGUUCCACCUCCAGGAACACGAGUUCGAAACACUCAAGCACCUCGUUGCCUCCUCGGGCGAGAUGCUCUGGGUGUCACGGGGGUGCUCGUCACCCACGCCCCCGGAGUUCAGCAUGAUCGACGGGUUCGCCCGCGUCAUGCGCGGUGAAUACCCGCUGCUGAAGCUCACGACGCUUGCGCUGGAGCCGCCAGCAGAGGCAGCGGGUUGCCACGGUCUGAUAUCAAGGGUGUGGCGCCGAAUGCUCAGGACAGACCACGCAGGCACCGAGCUCGAGUACCGCCAGCGCGAUGGCCGGCUCGAGAUCCCGAGGGUGGUCCACUCGGCCGGCAUGAACGGCGUGAUCGCAACGCGAAGCAAAGAACGCCAUGUGGUGGAGAGCUGCAGGCUGGGUGGCGCACCGCCCCUGGCCCUGCACGUCGGCUCGAUCGGCACGUUGGACUCGGUCUGCUUCAGCGAGGUGUCCCGGCAUGAGACUGCUUCUGCGCCCCUGCCUGAUGAUGAAGUCCUGGUCCGAGCUCAGGCCCUUGGUCUCGACCACAGGGACUUCCUCGUUGCUUCAGGCCGGCUCAACGAUACGGGUCUCGGUAUGCAGUGGUCUGGAACUGUUGUCGAGAGCGGCGCUGCGUCUCACCUUCGGCCGGGUGAUCGCGUAUGCGGCAUUUCUCCCGAAGGGUUGCAAACCUUGGCCCGCUACAAGAGCGCGUCCGUGGCGCUCAUUCCUCCGUCCCUGCCGGAGAUAACUGCCGCUUUACUGCCGGUUGCUGCCAUCGUCGGCCUUCACGCCUUGAUCGGGUUUGGAGGCCUCCAGGAGGGCGAGCUCGUGCUGGUGCACAAUGCUGCGAGCACCCUGGGCCAGGUGGCCGUGCAGAUUGCGCAGAGCAUGGGCGCACUGGUGCUGGCGGUGGCGAAGACACGGGGCCAGCGCGAGAUGCUUGCGAGGGUCUACAAGAUACCCACGCGUCAGAUAUUCUCGAAGGGGGAUCGCCGCAUUCUGGAAACAACACGAGGUCGAGGAGUGGACGUACUGUUUGCUGUGUCGCCGACUCAGGAAGAGACGGACGGUCUCUGGGAUUGUGUCGCGCCCUUCGGAAGGUUUGUGCAUGUCUGCGAUGACGAGGCGACAGCUGCGUCUGGGAACUGUAUUCCGGGGAAUGCAGCAUUCACUCGCAUUAAUACUGCCAGGUUUCUCAGGGAAUCCCGCGCCCGGGUGUCCUUGCUUUGGGCGACAGCUGCGGCAAUGUUCAGUGACGGCACGAUCUAUCCUGUGACAGGCUCGGAGAUCCACGCUGCAAAGGAUGUAGGAAACGCUCUGAAGUUCUUCUCCAGCGGCGAAGAAGCAGGUGGCAGCAUUGUCGAGUUGGGAGACGAUGAGUUGGUCAAGGCGCACUUGCUCGUCAAGCCUCUAUACCUCUUUGAUCCUCACAAGACCUAUGUCAUCUCAGGAGGGCAAGAGGCACGAGCACUCGCGGAGGAUCUGACUGCCCAGAAGGUGCAGGUCCUCGCACCGCAGUGCGAUAUAACUGAUCUGAAGCAACUUAGAGCAGUGGUUGAAGAAGCCUGCCAGCAGAUGCCCCCGAUUGCUGGGUGCAUCCAAGGGGCAAUGGUGUUACGUGAUUCUAUCUUCGAAACCAUGACGUGGGACGACUGGACAGCAAGCGUCAAUCCCAAGGUGCUCGGCUCUUGGAACCUCCACCUUGUGAUGCCCCGCGGCCUAGACUUCUUCACCCUCUUGUCCUCCAUCUCAUGCGUCCUCGGAGGCGUCAGCCAGUCCAACUACGCCGCCGGAAACGCAUACAUGAACGCACUGUGUCAGUACAGACACUCAAUCGGCGAGCGAGGCACAAAUGUUCCCAACCUGGGGAUGAUGGUGUCCGAAGGCGUCGUGUCCGAGAGCGAGCAGUUGCUGUCGAAGAUGCGAAACAUGGGCAUGUUCAUGGAGAUCCAGCACGAGGAGAUGUUUGCCCUGCUGGAACAGUACCUGCGGCCUCAACAAAGCAGCAGCGAGGACGCCCAGCCGAUCUUCGGGAUACAGCUGCCCGCUGCCAUGAAGGCCGCUGGAAAGACGCUCCCUCGCCAUCUGACGCAGCCCAUGUUCAGGCACUUCCACUACACGGACACGAGAGUACAAAGUGACAAUGGCAAAGCCCUAGUUGACGGCCAUGUUGACUUCACAUCUGUCAUCCGCAGUGCAGACACGACAGAGCAGGUGGCCGCGCACAUGACCGAGUGGCUAAGGGCAAAGAUGUCACAGGUGCUGGGUCUGGAUGUUGCGGAUAUCGAUGUCGACAAGCCCAUCAGCGCGUAUGGUAUCGAUUCCCUGAUUGGGAUGGAAAUACGCAACUGGUUUGAGAAGGAGCUUGGGGCAAAGAUGGCUAUUUUCGAGCUGCUCAGUGCCGGCACGAAUAUGGCGGACUCGUGCAGGACUGCCGCAGUGAGAACUCGUCUUAGAAGCAAACAGGUAGUUGGUGCAGUUUGA